AUGGAUAAGCUGCCGGUAGAAAUCCUCACCAGCAUCAUCGACCUCCUCGCCCCACGAGAGAAGGUCCAGUUGCAAUCUGUGUCCAAAAAGUUCUUUAAUAUCGCCCGUGACAACAAUCAAUGGAAACUGCAUUGUUAUGAGCAGUCUUGGGCGGCUAGGCAGGCUUCCCGCCGAGCUGCGCGCGCUGAAUCUUUAAUUUCGGAACCGGCUUCCCUGUCGACGCUGGGUCAGGAUACCCUGCGGGAUCUGAUUGAGCCUUCGGUCCCGGGUGAUCGGGAUGAUCCUGGGAUCUCAUGGAGCGAAAGGGCGAGGGCGGCGGCUGAAUGGGACUCCUCUUCGGCGGGUGAGCAUGUCGAUUGGUACUCAGAAUAUAUAGCCCGCCAAGGGCCCAUAUCGCUAUCAUGGGUUGAGCCACCCUCAACAGGCAAAGGGGAUGGGAAAAAAGACCAUUCCUAUGAAGUCAAAGGCAUGGGACUGUUGAAAGAUUGGAGUUCCGCGAGGCAAAACAAGAUCGUUGCCCCUCUGGAGGAUGGCAGUGUUUGCAUUUGGGAUUUAAAUCAUGCCCACUGUGGUUCUUUGCAAGCGAACAAAGGAAAGAUUCUGGGGAGGAGUGCGCCAGGGAUUCUCACAACUAACCUAUCUGGCCGUCAAGAGCCAUCUCCUUCCAAACCUGCGCUGGAGUUCAUCAACCUAGGCGAAGGAGUCAGCGUAGACUCUUUACGCCAAAGAGCAUAUCUGGCAAUUGGAAAUGUCCUCAAUGAAGUGGACUUGGAGACACUACGUGUUGUAUCUCAACAACGAUACCCAUGGUCAAUCUUCGCCCUUUCCCAGGAGACAGACUACUCCGUGCCCCUGACAUUAGCCACCACACUUAGUCUACAGAUUUACGAUUCCAGACUAUCAGCAAUAGAGGAAGAAGAGGCAAUCAGCUCGCGCUGCGAGCAGGUCAGUCCAUCUAUACCGGAACUGGGCAUCUUCGCUCAUCACGACUCCCCUCUUUUCCAACUCCAACCCAACGGACAACCGCCUACUCGAAUCCGCAGCCCAGAACCUUCAGAAAAGGGAGCCAAUUACGCCCCGCUGUUCCAACCAGGUCCUCUCUCAAUUCUUCACCCGCCAGCUCCGCAUGUGAAUACCAUUCUUCUAGCGGGCCGCUUCCCAAGUAUCCUUUGUUAUGAUCGCCGUUUCUUCCCUCGACUCCAAACAACCGUUCACUCCGGCGGCCGUCUAUGCGGUCUUGCUUCUGUGCCGGGUCCUCGCUUCCCCGUCUUCUCAGACUCAACAUAUCCAGACUCACAUUCCGUCGUGGCAUGUGGCGAUUACAAUGGACGCGGGUCGCUGGAACUCUACAACCUAAACUCAGCAGAAAAUAACGUCCCACCAGACAUGACCUCGAAUCUACAUUCCCAAUACAAAAAUCGACAAAGCGCUUCAAGCUCCAAAUUGCUUUCUGUUGGCUCUCACGGAAACCGCAUCGUUUUCUCAGACACGGAAGGAAAUAUAAAAUGGACAGAACGAGACGGGCGCUCAGAGGUCCGGCGCUGGAAUAUCAAUACUUCCCAACCGCAGAUUGAAUUCGGCGGUUGCCAGAAGCAAGCAGAUGAAGAGCCUCGGGGCUUAUGGCCUUCCCAAUCACCGGGCAAUCAUGAGGUUGCGAGAAAGAUUUUGCCUACCGGUGGGAAUCUAACUGGGGAUGAGCUGCUUGUUUGGACCGGAGAGCGCAUUGGACGUCUUAAGUUUUCAAUUCCUGCAGAUUAUGAGAAGGAGGAAGAGAAUAGUGAUGUCUUUAUGCAUGCGGAGGUGGAUGAGGCUACGCGUGAAGAGAUGCGACACCGGCAACGGGAUGAUUGGGAGAGGGAGCAGUAUGGUGAUUACAUGCGUCGUGCUUUGGAGAGGCAGGCGGAUGAGGUUCGUUGGAUGAGUAGUCGGGGAUUGGGAUAG